AUGUCUACCAAAUACGUCCUUGUCUCUCUACCCCUCGGCAUCUUCGACUCGAGUGACAAGGAAGAUGCCAUCGCUUCCUUGAGCGCAACGAUCUCGCCCGAGAAUGGCAACGUCCGGCCUUUCAACAUCCCAGACUUCAAGAUCGGCACAUUGGAUGCCUUGGUCCAGCAGGCCGACGACCUAGCCAAACUGGAAUCUACUUGCGAGGCCGUCGUUGCCAAGGUUGCUGAUUCACUGAAGUCGAUUCUCGAUGGCGAUGAGGACAAAAUUGCGCAGCAGAAGAUGGUCAACGACAAGCCUACCGAUCAGUACGUAGGCUCGUUUUCGUGGAAUAAAGUUCGAUACCGUGCCGACAAGAGCUUGAGCGAGCUUGUCGAUACGCUGCAAAAGGAACUUAUCACUACCGACAACGAUGUCAAAAGCAAGUUUAAUCAGUACAACUCGGUCAAGACGAACUUCACCACACUACAGCGCAAGCAAACUGGCAACCUCGCGACAAAGUCGCUCACGCCGAUUGUCGACCCUGCAAUCCUUAUUCAAGACUCAGAAUACCUCGAGACACACCUGAUAGUUGUGCCCAACAAUGCCAAGAAGGACUUCUUGAGAAGCUACGAAACGCUUGCACCCAUGGUUGUUCCACGGUCAGCUGCACAAGUAGCUCAGGAUGACGAGUUCACAUUGUACUCUGCCACGUCCUUCAAGAAACAUAGCGCCGAGUUCCUACAAAAAUGCCGCGAACAGAAGUGGACACCCCGCCAGUACAAAUACGUCGAAGGUGGCAAGGAGGAGGAACAGCGCGAGCUUGAUCGAGUAGCCCGCGAAGAGAAGAAGACGUGGGGAGAGGCCUUGAGAAUCGGACGUACGGGCUGGAGCGAAAGCGUCAUGAUAUGGCUUCAUGUUCUAGCACUUCGCGUCUUUGUCGAGGCAGUUCUGCGGUACGGGCUUCCUCUCGACUACGUCAGCGUCUUAGUAAAGACGAAUUCAAAGCUGGCUAAGAAGGUCAAGACUUCCCUCGAUUCCAACUAUUCUUACCUGGGAGGCAACGCUUUUGGGCGAGAUAAGCGUGGAAAAAUCACUAAAGACGAUGCAACCCUGUCGUCUGAGAUGGCAGCAGCUGGAUUGGGCGGAGGCGAGGGUCACGAGUACACAGCGUAUGUGUACUACGAAUUCGACUUUCCUUAG